CGCCCGCGGUCUCUAAGCAGGUCGCCACGGGCUGGCACGCGCCACUCUCGUCCCAGAGUAAAUAAGGGACCGAGCGCGACUCUCCGGAGCACCGUAAAUAGAGUCCGAGUGGGCGGGGAGCCGCCCGGCACCGCCUGUUCAUGUCGCUGCAGAGCCAAGUGUCCGGCCGCCUGGCACAGCUGCGCGCGGCGGGGCAGCUGCUGGUCUCCCUGCGCCCCUGGCCCGGCCGCUCGGCGGGUGGCCCGCGGCCCCGUGGCAGUGCGUGCGGUCCCCUGGUGGCACUGGGCGAGCACGGCUACUGCGCGUGGCUCUCGGCGGGAGUUGGGGCGUGGGGGGCGGCGGGGCGUGGAGCCUGGGUGCGCACCUGGGCCCCCCUGACCAUGGCCGCGAAGGUGGACCUGAGCACCUCCACCGACUGGAAGGAGGCCAAAUCCUUUCUGGAGGGCCUGAGUGACAAGCAGAGGGAGGAACAUUACUUCUGCAAGGAUUUCAUUAAGCUGAAGAAGAUCCCCACGUGGAAGGAGACAGCAAAAGGGCUGGCUGUGAAGGUGGAGGACCCCAAGUAUAAGAAGGACAAACAACUGAAUGAGAAAAUCUCCCUGUUCCGUGGGGACAUCACCAAGCUGGAGGUGGAUGCCAUUGUCAAUGCUGGCUGCACCAGCUCCUCCCGGAGAAUGUUGCUACCCACCCCAGAGGUCCUCAGGAAGUCUCUUGGCUCUGCCUUGCCCUGGCACCUGACUCUGCUGGUCACUGCCGAAGGUGUGGGAGGCACCCAGUUGGUUCUUCCCCUGUGGAGCUGUAAAAUGGACAAUGGAAAAGCAGGAAAAGCAGGCAGCCUGGCUGGUGAACAAGUGUGGGUGCAGGAACCAAAGUAUCAGAGGAGCAGGAGAGGGCUCUGGAGAUUGGUACAUGGUGGGUCCAUGGAUCUGCCUGUCAGCUCUGUUACUGAGGUGCACUCCAGCACUAGCUGAGCUGGCUGCCCUGGGCUGGUGGCCUUCUCGGCUAUGCUUCCCCCAGGAUGUGGCAUCCGGGGAGGUGCACUUGCCAGGCUUCUGUCUCUGCACGAUGGGGAUGUCGGAUUGUUGGGGACACGAGGUGGGAAUGACACUCAUUUACCACCUGCACGGGAGCCAAGGGUUCGACACCUGCACUGUGACACCAUUAGCAUCAUGCCGAGUGCCAAGGACUCGCUGCUUCCUGUAGAUGGCCAGCCGUCCCUCCUCUCGCUUGCCUUAGUGGACCCAACACCUCUUAGUGUAUUCUCUUGAGAUCUUUUUCAAGAAAGAGGGUCAGGCAGGAUCCAGAACGCUUCCAGAAUGGCAAGCAGUAGCUGAAGCAGAUGUUGGACAUUGGUUUCCCAUGCAGAGCCUGUGUCCCUAGUGUUUGAUGCGGGUAUUGGUCCUGGUCAGAGGAGUCCUCAGUGGCCUGGGUUCUCUCCCCAACCCCCUGUGAUCUUUUGGGCCCUGGCUUCACCCUGUCAGCGUCGCCCACCAGGGGGCAGCAGAGAUCGUGUUUCCGAGGAGCCCAUAAAUCAGCCUUUAUUAGUGAAAUAAAAGUCACAGGCAAUGUGGGGCUUUUCAGGGCUGCAUAAAUCUGCGUCCGAGCCUCGUGAAACCCAUAUGUGCUUAAUUCAUAUGUAAAGUUUCAAGCAGGAAGAGAAUGCGUGUCCAUUAAAUUCUAUUUGACUUGAUUAUAAUCAUUAGCCGUGAAUAAUUGCUUCUCAUUGCCGACCGCAGAGCCACCACAAUAGGCGAGAGGAGAGAGCAAUUAUCUCGGGGUGGGAAUUUUUAAAUUUUUAUU